GAGUAAUUAAGAUUGCUUGUGUGAACAUUGGCUGGCAAUGUUUGUCGGGUCAUUUCUUAGUAUUUAUCUUGUAUUCAUGUUUCAUUUUACUACAGUCUCAGAUUCAAGGAGUGUAGGGAAAAUUUACAGGAAAUGUCGAGCUUCUUGGUCGAAAUGGAUGGUCAGUAAGACAAGUCUUCACUGGAAUGUUAGUGAUAUUAAUUUAAAUGUAACGGGACGUAAAUGUGUAUGGAUUAAUACCUCGUGUACUCGGAAUCGACAAUGUCCCUGUGAAACACACUAUUCAAAGGAAUUACUGGGUGUCCAAUUACCCCGAAAAAAAAGCCAUGUAUGUGUUCAAACGAAGAGCUGUGGUGUUCUUAUUUGUUCAUCAAUUGUUUAUUUCGGAAGUAAUAUAGAUUCAAACAAAUUGGUUAUAAAAACAUACAAAGUUGAAAAUAGAAUUGAUGAGAGUCAAAAUUUAGUAGGAAUAGUUUAUGUUCCACUUGAUCAUAGUACAUGGAAAUCUCAUGAAGAGGAUAACACUCAGGCGAAAGGAAUUAAUGUCAUAAUGGAAAUGAGUUGGCUCAAAAGUGCAACUACUAAAUCUUUUCUUCACAUUUCGUAUACUGACUAAAUCGACAAUUAUCUUGACGUGAUUAAAGUUAGACAUGGACAUUAUUGGAUACCGAUUCAGUUGUCCAGAGGUUAAUUGUUCGCAGAUGAUAACUAAAGUCUUGAAUUAAAUUCCCAACAGCAGGAUCGUGGAUGAACACACCUGAGUGGUUCCAUACUAGGACGAAACCCCCGUUCAAAGCUUUCAGGUUUUAAUGAUUGUUUAGCUAGGAACAGUUCAUGAUCUCAACUAUGAAAGUUAUUUUUCGUACAUUUUAGCCUCAUCUUAUCAUUUUCUGAUGCACCGUUCAUUACGUAAGCCUCUUUUGACAUCUGAAAUUCUCGAGC